AUGUUACUAAUUAAAGUUUUUUUAUUACGUAUUUUGCCAUUAACUUAUUUCAAUCAAAAAACAGUUAUAGUUUACGCUCAUGAUUACGAUAAUAUAACAUGGAACGAUACAGAUUCGACAGCUGAGAGAUAUUCGUUAUUUGUAACACCCCACGAAUUUCAAGAUUGUAAAUCCAUUAGAAAAAAUAAUAAUUCGCCAUUCGUAGUAAUUUUUCUAUUCGUCACAUCGGGUAAUUAUUUGGGUUUGGGUACGGUUGUGAAUAGUAAUACGGUAUUAACGGCUGAAAAAAUUUUCAGUCCGCCAUUUUCAAAUUACGAAAACAUAUUGGUUUUGGGUGGUACGACGUGUCCACAUUGGAGCGCGAAUACACAAGUGAGAAAAAUAGAUCACGUUUUAUUACACGAAUAUCGCGUGGCUUUAGUUAAAUUAAUUGACGAAUGGAAAUUCGAUCCUUAUUUACGACCCGCCGUUUUGGGUGAUAAAACCACGACUAGGCACACACCCAUUUACGGUAAGGAAACCGCCAUAUUUGGUAUACAUUUGAACAAAACGUAUACUUUCGGACAACCUUUACCGAAAAAAUCCGUGUAUCAUUCUGCCGUUUGCGAAGCCGUACAUUCAAAUUGGGCUAAAUGUCGUAAACUUUAUUCUAAAGAAACUCCCGGUUUUAAUAAAUUGAUGUAUUUUUGCAUUCAUCCCAACGAUAGCUACUGCCACGGCACUCUCGGAUCUCCCGUUGCCGGUGUUAAUGCCAAGGGUGAAAUACACACCGUGGGAGUCGUCGUCGAUACGAAUUGCGACGAUUUUGAUUUAGUCGUUAAAACUGCUUUUUUUGACGAUUGGAUAAAAAAACGUACUAACAAAGAUAAAAAUGUCGAUGAUUUUUAUUUUGCUAUGUAA